CAGAUUACGGAGAGAAACAAGAUUGGUCAUAAACAGGAAUUUCAAUCCAGAGUCCGCUCCUUACAAUCAAGUAGUAAUUUAUAUCCCUGUUUACUACUACAGAGAUGAGGACGGUACAAACAGAUACCUGCCGGAAGAAACUUAUCCGCCUAUGAGAGAGAAAAGACAGGCCUUGGAAGCUGAUAACGAUGCUGCUCUUGAGUGGUAUACUACUAAAGUUGUAGAGGUACCAAGUUACAUAGAUUCUGCAUUUCGUUCAUCAAGACCAAAUGAAGUUUAUUUCUUCUUGAAAAAUAAGUAUGUGCGUGUGUAUUACACUCCUGGAGACACAAACGAUAAGAUUCUCACUGAUCUUCGUUUGAUUUGUGAUGGCUUUCCAUCACUUGCUGAUACGCCGUUUGGAGAAUAUGGAUUAGACUGUGCCUUCGAUACUGAAGCUAGCAAAGCAUAUAUCUUCUCCACCAAACUUUGUGCCUACAUUGACUAUGCUCCAGGAACUACAAAUGAUAAGAUACUCUCGGGUCCUAUGACAAUUGUAGCCAUGUUUCCUGUCUUGAAAAACACUGUGUUUGAGAAUGGUAUAGACUCUGCAUUUAGGUCAACUAAAGGCAAAGAAGUUUACUUAUUCAAGAACAAUAAGUAUGGUCGCAUAGCUUAUGAUUCAAAGCAGCUCAUUGGCACCAUUAGUAACAUCACUGAUGGAUUUCCUGUUCUGAAAGGUACCAUCUUUGAAAGUGGAAUUGAUGCAUGUUUUGCUUCUCAUAAGGAAGGUCAAGCUUAUCUUUUCAAAGGAGAGAAGUAUGUAAGGAUCAAUUUUACCCCAGGUGAUACUCAUGACACUCUUGUGGGUGAUGUGAGGCCUAUCCUUGAUGGUUGGCCAUGUCUUAAGGGUAUUCUUCCUCGUGACAAUAAAGGACUUGAUGCUCAUUCUCACUCUGAUCAUGAACAACCUUAUCCUGAUCAGCAUGAUGAGCUUUGAUAUAAAACAAACAGAUGUCAUAAUAUGAUAAGAAUAAGGAUUCCAUAGCCAAUGUUUCCUUCCAUUUCUUUCAUAGUGUAAAUUAGGAUUUGAAGAUGCUUGUUUGUAAUAAGUGUGGAUGUUUGUUUUCCGUUC